UCCUUCCAACCAAACCCACGCGCCGGCAGGCGGCAGCCUCCCCCCUUCCCCACCGUCCCUCUCUUCCUCCUCCACCCCUCCCUCUUUCCUCCCCCUCCUCUCCCCUGCCCAUCCCAUCCCACCCCACCCCCUCCCCCCCGGCGACCCACACAGCCGGCGCAAGAUUCAUCCCGAUUCCGGAGGCUGCCGAUGAGAAUGCGGAGGAGGAAGACGAUUCCGAAGAAUUCCAAGGAUUCUUCGUCAAUCCAACUCGUACCUUAUGCGGUGGCAUUACGAGUGAAAGCCCCUCCGCUGUUGCAAGCGAGCAGCAACUCUGCGGCAGCGAUUCUGAACCCGUCCCAUCGAGCGCCAAUCGAUUUGGUCACGGUUCUCGAUGUGAGCGGGAGCAUGACCGGCGGCAAGAUGCUGAUGCUGAAGCGCGCGAUGCGUUUAGUCAUCUCCUCACUCGGCUCGGCUGAUCGGCUCUCGAUCGUGGCCUUCUCAUCGGUGACGAAGCGGCUGUUGCCUCUGAGAAGGAUGACGACUCACGGUCAGCGAGCGGCUCGGCGCAUCGUUGACCGGCUCGUCUGCGGUCAAGGGAGCAGCGUCGGGGAGGCUAUGAUGAAAGCGGCGAAAGUGCUCGAAGACCGGCUCGUCUCCGACCCUCUCGCCUUAAUGGUAUUGUUUUUGUUGCAUUGGUAUUGAUUUUGUUGCAUUGGUAUUAUUUUUGUUGCAUUGGUAUUUAUUAUCAUGUAAUGGUAUUGAUUAAAUCUGCAAUGGUAUUGAUUUUUAGUGAAAUGGUAUAGAUUUAUAUUGGUAUUUUUCGUGUAAUGGUAUAGAUUUAUUUCUGCAAUGGUAGUUUUCGUGUAUUGGUAUAGAUUUAUUUCUGCAAUGGUAUUGAUUUUUUCAAAGUGGUAGUAUUUGUCUAAUGGAUUGGUACUAUUUUUUUUUUUUUUUUUGCAGAAAGAUUGAGAAAAAUAUGGAAUGAAAAUAUGGCUGGAGAUCACGAAAGUGAGAGAAAGAGAGAAUUUUAAUUAAUAGAUUUUUGUAACUACCUAAAAUGUAAUUUAUUAAAAAAUUAAUUAAUAUAAUUUAUUUUUCCAUACCCAAUUUACCCUUAGCAGUCCAAGGGCGACCAGACAUUAUUUUUUUUGUUAAUGGGUGUAAGAAUGAGUUGGAAAUUAGAAAAGUUUAAAAUUUUAUUUUUUAUUAAUUUGUUAAUUGUCACGUCACUCAUUUAACGGUCAACUAUUAGAAUUGACCGCCACAUUAGCAAAAGUUAACGGAGACUAACGGUCGGUGACCAAACUUGGACUGUUAACCUAAUUCAAGUGACUACGAAUAAAAUAAAGUAAUUCUAGUGGCUAACAUGAACUUUACUAGUAAUUCAAGUGAUCAAACUUGCAAUUUAGCCCCCGUGUCUUUAUUCAAUCAUUGCCGCCAUUGGCCAAUUAUGAAGGGGUUAAUAGACGGAUGCAGGGGAUUAUAAAAACAAAAAGAAAUCGACUACCGCCGACCUGACCCUUCUGGCCGCCAUCUAUCAUUCCCCGACAGAGGAAAAGAACCCGAAAGUCAAAUUUUCCAUGCCCUUGACGUUUUGGGAAAUUAAAGUUGUCAAUGCAGCCUAACACGUUACCACCGACGGCUGCUAAUUUUAUCACCCAUUGCAAAUAACAACUUGAAGAUCGAGUUGUGUGAGCAAGGAAGAGGAAAAGGAGAUGCCUGGGGGAAGGAACGACGACGAAGUGCAUGGGAGAAGGAACGAAGGCUGGGUGGAUGGUGUCGCUGGUGAAUCGGGGAGAAUGGUGUAGGUGACGGCGGAGAGAGGUCAACACUGUUGCAGAAGGAUUAAAGAUUUUUGUUUUGUUGAAUUCAUUUUAUUUAAUGAAGGACAAUUUAAUAUUUUUACAUUUUAAAUUAGGGUGAUAAUAAUAAAACAAGUGCGACGUUGAGCCUUGCAAUUAUGUACUUGGUAGUUUGAGCCUUGCAAUUAUGUACUUGGUAGAUUCGAACUAUGGAAUGUUUUCAGUUUUCUCACCAAAAAAGAAUGACGGAAUGUUGCAUGAGGUUGGAGAAAACAGCUAACUGGCUUGUGAAUGUGUGCCUUUGGUUUGAAUUUUGAAAUUUUUUUGAAAAUAUCACUAAAUUGUAUUUAUAUAUGAAACUAGUGUCCAGAAAGAAAAAAAUGAAACUAGUGUCCAGAA